AUGUACGCGCAACAGUUCCUGAGCACGGCGCUGUCCCAGCGGGGCCCCUCGGCGCUCCCCUACGCGGAGGACGUCAAGUGGCUGAUCCGCAACCACCUGGUCGCCCUCGCCGGCGCCUUCCCCUCCCUCCACCCCAGGGCGGCCCUCUUCACCCACAACGACGGCCGCGCCGCGCACCUGCUCCAGGCCGACGGCACCAUCCCCAUCACCCACGCCGGCGCCGUCUACCACCUCCCCGCCGUCCUCUGGCUCCCCGACCCCUACCCGCGCGCCCCGCCCCUCGUCUUCCUCUCCCCGACCCGCGACAUGCUCAUCAAGCCCCACCACCCGCUCGUCGAUCGCUCCGGCCUCGUCGCCGGCGCGCCGUACCUCCGCUCCUGGGUCUUCCCCUCCUCCAACCUCCUCGACCUCGCCAGGUCCCUCUCCCACCUCUUCAGCCUCGACCCGCCUCUCUUCAGCAGAUCCACUCCUCCCAAUCCUCUUCCUGCCUCCUCCUCCUCGAUGCACCACGCCCCCUCUCCUCGCCCCCCUUCAGAGUACGCAUCCCGCCCAUACAGGUUCCCGGCCUCGCCCCAGCUCGCCGCUCGCCCACCGUCCACCGAGGACCCCGCCGAGGUCUUCAGGCGCAACGCCAUCGCCAAGCUUGUCGACACGGCCUACGCUGACGCUGCCGCCCUGGGUGCUGCGCGUGCGGCCGAGGUUGUCGCCCUCUCCGCCGUGCAGGCCGAGCUGCGUGGCCGGGCGGAAUCCGUCGACAGCGGGGUGCGCAGGAUCACCGAGGAGAUGGAGGCGCUCGAGCGCCGUCUUCAGGACGUGACGAUGGCCACCCAUGUCAUCGAGGCCUGGGUCGCUGAGAACCGCAAGGGGGCCGCUGACGACGUAGACUCCGAAGCGGAGGGGGCAAUCCAGCCUGCGGACGUGCUGUCCAGGCAGAUGCUUGACUGUAGUGCAGCUGAUCGGGCGCUCGAGGACGCCAUUUAUGCACUCGACAGGGGCGUCCAGGAAGGGUCCGUGCCAUUCGACGGCUACCUCAGGAGCGUGCGCGCUCUGGCGCGGGAGCAGUUCUUCCAGCGCGUCCUCUACACCAAGGUCACUAGGGAGCAGCAGCAGGCGCAGGUCGCUAGGAUGGCCGCACGGGCUCCGCCACAGUAUGCGUCCUAGCGACCACCAGGGAUAGGUCACUUGCUUGAGCAUCGCUGUGUAAGUCGGCACUUGUUGCACUGAGAUUAUUUGUGCUACUAGUGACUGAGCUGUAGCUUCCAAUUCCACGAGACACCUCCAGCUCCAGACACUCCUUGAGCUCAGCUACAACAUCUGCCAUUGUUGGCCGUUCCCGUGAUGGCUGUUCUUUGCACCGCAGUGCUAGCUCAGUAACCUUCCAGACUGAGUUGACAUCAUACUCCUUCCCCAUCUUUGAGUCAGCAAUGCUCUCGAUGUUACCCUCCGAGAGCUUCUGGCGCACCCACGUUGCAAUGUGGAUGCUCUCCGUAUCACUCGUGGAUACCGCUGGAGACUGACCAGUUAUAAGCUCCAGUAGUACAACUCCAAAGCUAUACACAUCACUCUUCUCACUGAGGUGGGAUGUAUUAUAGUAUUCAGGGUCAAGAUACCCCAGGGUACCUGCUGGUUGGGUAGUGAUGUGGGUCAUGAACUCAUCGGCAAACACCUUCAUUAGGCCAAAGUCAGAUAUCUUUGCCUCUAGGUCUGCAGAUAGCAGGAUGUUCUUUGUCUUCACAUCCCUAUGGAUCAGUGGUGGCUGGCAGGACUUGUGUAGAUACUCCAAUCCUGUAUCCAUGAGACCAUGAUCAGUGGCCAGGAAGUUGAUAACAAUAGGUUAAUCAUUAACUAAAAGUAGCCAAAUUGUCUGAGGCUUAAGGUUUUGCUAGGCUUAACCAGUAUAAGUAUCAAGUCAUCAGUACAUCAAUUUAUGUACCAGUCCUUUAAAUCUUGA